GGUUCGUGUUCCAGGUUCUGUUGGGUUGAGGUUUGUCUCACUUCAUCGGUAACCAGCCAGUCGCAGCUGUCUCCGGCAGACAGGCAGGCCUCUGUCUCCACCUGCUGGUCUCUGCAGGUAACCACAAGUUUUUGAAUCAUGCUUUUAUUGUGAAGAGGUGUGAGCGGAACUUCCGCAGUGACCCGGUGACGGUGGUGAUCUGAGCAGCGGAAACGAACCGAGCGGACUGUGAGUCGAUCUCCCGGCUGUCGGAGCUCCAGGAUGUCCAGCCUGCGGUUGUUGAAGACUCUGGUGACCGAGAGGUUGACGGCGGCGGCGGAGGAGAUCCUCGUGCUGGUGGAGAGAGUGAUGGUGGAGCACGAGGAGGAGCUGAUCCGGCGGUACCGACCGGCGGAGGACGGCAAGAGUCCAGAACCAGCAGAGAGCUGCACACUCACAGAUGUUCAGCAGUUUGAAGGCUUCAAUCUCCAGCAGCAGCCUGACCAGGAGCAGCUGGAGCCUCCUCCCAUCAAACAGGAGCCGAAGGAGGAGCAGGAGGAGGUGUGGACCGGUCCUGAGGUUCAGGCUGAGGCUCUUCAGAUGAAGGUGGAGCAGGACACCAAAGACUUCACCUACGUCCUGGAGCAUAACAGCGAUCAGCUUCAGGUGGAGGAUGUCAAGGUGGACGAGGACAUCCUGCCGAGCACUUCCUCUGAUUCUGAUGCUCCUCAGUUAGACCGCCCAGCAGACCUCCUCCCUCCUGCUGCCACUCAGGCCGGAGACACUGGUGUUGACAGCACUUCCUGUAAAGUCUGUGGGAGGACAUUCAGCUAUCAUGGCUUCUUGAUAAACCAUGUAGAGACCCAUGCCGACAACGACAACGUCCUGUGUGGUGUGUGCGGCAAACCAAUGCCUGAUGGAAAGCACCUGCUGGACCACCUGCAGACUCACAUCAAGCCCCACGUCUGCCAGUCCUGCGGCAAAAGCUUCCGGAGACGCAUCGAGCUGGAGGAGCACACGCGCAGCCACACGGGCGAGAGGCCGUUCAUCUGUAAACUCUGCGGGAAGAGCUUCUCCCGCAGCGGCAACCUGGUGUUGCACAUGAGGACGCACACAAGCGAGAAACCGUUCCGCUGCAGCGUUUGUGGGAACUGCUUCAACUUCAGGUCAGCCUUGAUCCGCCACUCGAGGACACACACCGGAGAGAAACCCUUCAGCUGCCGCCUCUGCUUCAAAACCUUCGCCAGCAGCUCAGAGAUGAAGAGGCACCUGAGGACGCACACCGGAGAGAAGCCCUUCAAAUGCAACGUCUGCGGCAAGAGCUUCCUGCUCAGCACGCCGCUCAAAAACCACAUGAAGCACCACACGGAGGAGCGGCCAUACUACUGCAGCAAGUGUAGGAGGAGCUUCUGCAACGUCUACGUGCUCCAACGACACAUGAAGACUCACGACUCGAACAAAUCUGAGCAGCGGAAACGAACCGAGCGGACUGUGAGUCGAUCUCCCGGCUGUCGGAGCUCCAGGAUGUCCAGCCUGCGGUUGUUGAAGACUCUGGUGACCGAGAGGUUGACGGCGGCGGCGGAGGAGAUCCUCGUGCUGGUGGAGAGAGUGAUGGUGGAGCACGAGGAGGAGCUGAUCCGGCGGUACCGACCGGCGGAGGACGGCAAGAGUCCGGACCGACCCAGACAACACACACUAACUUUCACACGUGAUGUUCAGCAGUUCGAGGGCUUCGACCUCCAGCAGCAGCCUGACCAGGAGCAGCUGGGGCCUCCUACCAUCAAACAGGAGCCGGAAGAGGAGCAGGAGGAGGUGUGGACCGGUCCUGUGGUUCAGGCUGAGGCUCCUCAGAUAAAGGUGGAGCAGGACACCAAAGACUUCACCUACGUCAUGGAGUGUAAGAGCGAGCAGCCUCAGGUGGAGUCUGUGCCUUCUGAGGAGGUUCUGAAGGUGGAGGUGAAAGACGAGGACAUGGUGCCGAGCACCUCCUUCCUCCCGCCUCCUGCGGCUGCCCAGAGCGAGCAGGCUGAGGGCAGCAGCUCUCUCUGGAGCUGUAAAGUCUGUGGGAAGAUGUUCAGCUACCGCGGCUCCUUGAUCAACCACGCGGAGGUCCACGCCGACGACGAGCACUGCUUCUGCGGCGUGUGCGGCCAACUGCUGCCCGACAGGCGGAACCUGCUGGACCACCUGCAGACGCACGUCAUGGCCUACGUCUGCUAUUACUGCGGCAAAACCUUCCCGCGGCAUCUGGACCUGGCGGUGCACACGCGCUGCCACACGGGCGAGAAGCCGUUCGGCUGCACCGUCUGCGGGAAGUGCUUCAGCCGCAAGGACAACCUGGAGACCCACAUGAGGAUGCACACGGACGAGAAGCCGUACCGCUGCAGCGUCUGCGGCAAGUGUUUCAACUUCACCUCGUCUUUGAUCCGUCACGCAAGGACGCACACCGGAGAGAAGCCCUACAGCUGCCGCUUCUGUGACAAGAGCUUCCUGCAGAGCACGCCGCUGAAGAACCACAUGAAGCACCACACGGAGGAGCGGCCGUACUACUGCAGCGAGUGCAGCAAGAACUUCAGUGACGUCUACUCGCUCCGACGACACAUGAAGACUCACGACGCCAAGCCCAUCAAUUUAUGUUACCCCGAGGGUUCUGAAGGAACCACGUGAAGACCGGAUCCUGUUCUCAGACCUGAACCUUCUCACCUCAGGUGAUCUGUGACUCCAGACAGGAAGUCCUUAUAUGUUCAAAGAGGUGGAGCUAAGACCACCUGGGCUGAAUCUGUAUUUUCAGAAUAAUGGGCAUUUGUUUUUGGUCCCUGAGGACAUUUUUCAGACUGUUUGUUUUUCAGAAUAAUGGCGCGGCACCCUGGUGCUGAAAUACAGAUGUGUCAAGUUAUUAUCGUUAUUUACACUUUUCUGAAGCUGAACAUUUACGUGGUUUACAGCAGACCAGGUGUACAGAUCCAUUUGAUGUUCUGAUACUUUAAAUACAUGGAGGUGUUGAUCAGAUGGUCGUUACUCACCUGUAGAGACCAGCUGACUUCACCUGUAUGAAACAGCUGCAGACUGCUGGCUCACAGAAUGAGUCCUUUUUGUUUUCAACACCAAAAAUGUUAAAUGUUUGAUUUGUUGUAAUUGAUGAAACGUAUGUAGGUGACUGACUGACAGGUGUUCACUUCAGAUACUUGUUUUUUUGUUGAUCUGACAUUGAUCCUUUUUUUUUUUUUUUUUUUUUGGUCUCCAGCUGUUUUGCUGUGAAGCUCCAGGAAUCUUUUUGGAGAUAAAGACUGAGUUUCCAUAUUUGGGUGAACUGUUCCUUUAAUGUGUCCAGUACUUUUUUGUUUUUGACCUGCAGAACCUCAGUUUGUGUUUACUGCUAAUUAAUAAAUAAAUUCUAUGUAUCCUCAAA